CAAUUCAAUCAAAUAAUUUAGAAACUUUUGCUAAAGAUAAAAAAUUAUGGAAUGGAAAAGAGAAAUUAAAUUUUGCUGAAACAUUUCAAACUUCAUCUGCAUGUGGUCAUAGUCGAUUAAAAGCAGGACAAAAAUUACUUGAAAAUUUAACUAAAAAUGGCAAUUUUUCAGUUUUUGAUAUGAUAUCAAUUUUACGUGAUGAUCAAUCAGGUAUAUGCAUGUUAGGUGAUGGUGAUGAUUGUAUAACAACAGCCUCACAAGUAUCUGUACUAUUACCAACAAAUAAAAAAACAUCUCAAUUAAAUGCAUGUCAUUUUUUUACUGGAACACCAAAUCCAAAAACAUCAUUAUUUAAACCAUUUAUAUUCACAGAUAAAGUUGAAUUAGGUCCAUUAACAGUUUCAACACCAGUUGAAAUAACAUCACACCGUAUUCAUCCAUUAUAUUCUGCACGUCAAAAAGCAUCACGUGAACAACUUGAAGAUAAACGUUUAAAAGAUUUUGAACAUGAAGGUAUUAUAGAAAUUAUUGGUAAACUUAAAUCAUCAUCCAAUGAAAAUAAUGCUGAUACAUUUGACACAUUAUUUCAUGAUACAGUUUCAGCUGAAAUUGAAUUACUUCGAGAACAUCUACCAACAAAACAUUCAUAA